UGAAGCAUUGAUUGGCUUUCCACGGAGAUAACCUGCAAAUGGCCAAUUCUGAAUCAAGAGGUGGACACCCGAAAGGAGACAACCAGCUGAAGAAACCUCAAAGAUAUAAAUCUGAUUCUGAACAUGUUAUAAGAAAACGUUUACCACCUCGACUACCACGCAGGAAUAACGACAUUUAUAUUACAAAUAAGUCGAAUUACCAGAGUCAGCUCGUUCGCUGUGAGAAACUGUUGAAUGAUGGGGAGUCUGAUAUUGUGAUACAUGGAUUAGGUGCAGCAAUUCCACAGGCUGUGAACUUGGCUCUUCAACUUAAGACGAAACAUCUAGGAACUGUAGAGGUUGCUGUGAAUACUUCAACUGUUGAUAUUGUGGAUGACCUUGAACCCAUACAUGAUGAAGGGGAGUAUGGAACGCAGACACGCCAGAACUCUUCUGUUCACAUCCGUGUGUACCGAACCGCUUUGCGUGGAGCUCAAAGGUGACAUUCAGCUUUAAGACUGUGCAAGAGAAAAUGCU